CAUAUUGACAAGUUAGUAAAAUAGACACGGUCCAAUUCUUUGGAUCUGUAAUACCCAUUUUAUUCAUCCGCGACAACCUACGAUUUGCUACGAAGUUCAACCUAACAACGACUGCGCGGAGUGAUUUAUUUAAGGACUACACCCAGGCGCUGCUCGAAUGCAGUGGGUUCUCUUCUCUGUCAAACCCAGAAGAAAGCGGGGUCGUGACGGAACUGGGGAAUUGUCGGAGGUCCCAGAAUCACCGAAAAAUAUAGUUUACAGAAACCUCAGUGUUGUGCGAGAGUACCCGUCAGAUAUAGAUUUUUAAGAUUUUUCCAUAUUUGAACUAAUACGCAAGUAUGUCCUGGCAAGGCUACGUGGAUAACCUGAUGGCCGAUGGCAGCUGCCAGGACUCUGCCAUUGUUGGGUACACGGACGCUAAGUAUGUCUGGGCAUCGUUUCCCGGUGGUACAUUUGUUAACAUAACGGUUGACGAAAUCGACAUCAUAGUAGGAAAGGACCGAGAAGCUUUCUUCUGCGGCGGGCUGACCCUAGGCCAAAAGAAGUUCUCUGUCAUCAGAGACAGCCUCCACUCCGAUGGGGACUGGACAAUGGACAUCAGGACAAAGAGUCAAGGAGGAGAGCCCACAUACAACGUUUCCAUAGGCAAAGCCGGCAAAGCAUUGGUUUUAGUCAUGGGAAAGGAAGGUGUCCAUGGAGGGCAGCUCAACAAGAAAGCGUAUACAAUGGCUGACUACCUGAGGAAGUCUGGAUACUAAAGCAGCCUCUGCCCAGCCUCCUAGCAGCUCACCCUUUCCACCCUCUUGCGUUUCACAGUACUUCCAGUUCUAGUUGGUAGUUGCUUCUUUUCUGCCCCCUCCCAUUUUUUUUGCUCCAUUUUUAUUUUAUUUAUCCCCCUUUCUCUUGUCUUUUUCCAGUCAUCUUUAUGCAUUCACACUGUGUACUCUAUUCCAUUCUAGCACUACUGUUGCACCAUAGUUAAAGAUGAGCAUGUUGUUAACAGGACAUUGUGACAAAUCUGUACUUAUAAAGACCUGCACCAUUCUAGCCAAUGCUCAGUGAAAACCCUAAAGUGAAGGAAACCUAAAUUAAACUGAGAUUUCAUAUGAUGGUGCCCGGUAGUUCAGACCCUUUAGCAGCCGAUGCCUUUGGAGCACUUGAGCAGUAAUCAAGCUCAUAUUGUCUUCCUUUUCUAGAGCAUGUCUGGGAGGGGAAACUGCAUGCAUAUCUUUGAGCCUACUGAAAUACUGUUCCGCGUGCCCUGUAACUCCUGCCAAAUGUCUGUUCCUCCCUCCCUAUUUCCCAUCCUGUUUGUUCAUAGUAGGUGACACUCCAUCAGUACUCAGGAGGCAUAUUCCUCCAACCACUACACCUUAAAGUCCUCCGUAGCCCCCUCUCCCAGAUGGGUUUUUAAGGGGGGGAGCCCAAUCCAUUUUGGUAUUGAUUGAAUCAAAUGGCAAAACAACGUUGACGCAGGUAGAAUCUCCUCCCACGCCCUCUUCAUGACCUUUCUGACUACAUGAACCCCAUGGACAUUCCAUCGUUGCAAUGGCUCAGGCACUUAAAAUAUUGUUUGCCAGCUCCUGUAAUAUUAUUUUUUAUUUUAAGGCUGCCAUUUUGGACAGUAGAUAUCCCAGCAUAACGAUCUGGAGUGUGUCCAGUUUGAAUUUUUCUUAGGACCAACUUUUGUUGCAGCUUGGGUAUUUAUACAUUUGCUCUAGCUACAUCAUUGUGAAGGAUGACUGCUAGCCUCAUCUUUCUGCUGAAGGCAAAACAACACUAACAUAAAA